AAACUACAACCAAAAAUUUCGAAAAACGAUUCUCUCUCUCUCUCUCUCUCCAGUUUUUUUCUUCUGCAAGUCCUCCGUCGUCUCUGAUGAAGAUGGGUAAGCAAUCCAAGAUCAAGAAACAGGAGAAGUUGGGGAGGGGGCAGGUAACUCCCAUCCAGGUAGCCUUCAUUGUCGAUAGGUACCUUAUCGACAACAAUUUCAUGCAAACUCUCUCCGCCUUCAGAUCGGAAGCCUCUGCUUUCCUCUCCAAAUCGAAGACGAAAGAGGCACCGAAGAGUUUGCUGAGUUUGGAGGACAUACUGAAUGAGUAUAUUAGGUUGAAGGAGGAAAAGGUGCUUGUGGAUCAAGAGAAAUGUAGGGUGGAGAAGUUGUUGCAUGGAAUGCAGGAGGUGAUGAACGCGUAUAGAUCGUCGUAUGACGCGCCUGUUUCUCCUCAUCCCGAGCCGACGUCCUCGACACCAGAAGCUGCUUCCACGUGCACAAAUUGGACAUCUACGCCCAUUAGGAUGACAUCAUCCUCCAAAGUUCAGUGUGCAGUUACUACGGUACCCUCCUGUAGCAAAAGGAAGGCCUCAGCUUCCGUUCGAGAACCGACCUCAUCUACAAAGAAAUCAUUCGUGGAGAAACACCCGUGUCCUUCCAACAUCACAGGGGCCAGAGCGUCUGCAAAGGAAUUCAGUCACUGUAAUGAUCUUCAACAUUCUACAGUGUGUUCUCCAGUGCAGCCAAAUUCUGAAAAUCAUAUGCUUCAUAGUCCCUCAGCUAAAGAGUUUCCCAGUCAAAACAAUCUAUGCAACCGGUCUUCCAGCCUAAAGAAAGAAUCUCCCUCUCCUAAAACCCCUUCUCAGCAGUAUUCGUUAGAAACCGAUUUAGCUGAUUCUUCAAUGGCCAUGUCAUCUCUGAUUGAAUCAACUAACCCAUCAGUAGAAGUAACCCCAAAUGGGCCUAGACAUUCUUCUCAUGAAAGUGACUACAGAUUAAAUUAUUCAGAGUAUAACACAUACCAAGUAGGCGAGGAAUCUUAUGCCUCACCUUCAAAGUUUGGUACAAAAAAGUAUAUUAUAAAGGAACACAUAAAAAGCAGGUUGGACUUUGAUGAUUUUGGCAUGGCAGAAAGUCCUGUAACAUGUGCUUCUGGAGCUUCUCUUUCUGAAACUAAUGGUGAAGCGAGGGCGAACCCUGACAUGGAUGACUUUCUAAACCUUAGCAUUCUUGAUACUGAUGUUUCAUUAUCAUAUCUAGUCAGUUUCAUUGAUGCUCAAGUAGCAGACCCCACUGAACAAACAACAUUUGAUGGUGUUAGUAAUCUUAUUUCAAGUGUACAUGAUGGUAGUAUGAAGAUUGAUGGAGCCUUUUCCAAUCCUCCGUUCAGUCGAGUUGGAAUUCUUUCCCAGAAAGAUAUUAACUGUAAUGGUGACGAUGACGGACAACUUUCAAAGCCUGUUUCUGCAUGUAUUAAGACUGACAGUCCUGGAAGAAAGAAGACAGGAUAUUCUUCAGAUCAGGAAAAUGUACCGAUGCUCUGAUCAAGCAAUUGCUUAUUUUCUCCAAGUUUUCAUUGUACACCACAGCAUCAGCUACAAAUUACUGCAAUGGUCUUACAAACAGCCAAUUCACUUUACAUUCUCCCAGCUGUCUUGUACAAAUUUCUUGAUUGAGCUCCCUGGAUAUCUAUUGGGAUGGUUUUCAUGCGAAGAUUACUAAUCACCUCCAGGUUGUUGCUCAUAGA